UUAAGUUAGGGUUCUUAGAAUGGCUUAAGCUUGGGCGGGGUAGGGGGAAGAAUGCCGCCGUCCAAGAAGCUGAUCGAGUGCACGGCCUACUGCAGCUGUGGCUACUGCUGCAAUUGGGAAUGGGGAAUCAAAUUGCCAGGCUUCUACUACUUGGGGAUCUCGCCAUCCUGGGUUCCGUUGCGCUUCCGCAAGAGAAAACGGGGGUAUUUGGACGAAGCUGCAUUGCCACUCAUUGCAAAGUUUUGGACUGCCACUAGUCUCUCUGGAUCUCCAUACUACGGUCUUACAUCUAAUGGCACUUUCCCAGCUCAGGCCAGACCACCAAUUUUUUCAAAGCUCAGUUUCUUGCAGUACCACAAGCUCCCAGCUCGUUUGAUUCUUUUCCCCUGGAGACUAUUUCCGCGCCAUGGAACGAUCGCAGCUGAUACAAACUACUAUCCUUUUGGAACCAGGAUGUUUGUUCCAGGAUAUGGCUGGGGAAAGGUGGAAGACCGUGGAGGUGCGAUCAAAGGUCCUGCAAGGAUCGAUCUGUAUCAUCAAUCACACAACGAGGCUAUACACUGGGGAAGACGCAGGUUACAGGUACUGGUGGUUCUUCCCGGACAAAGCGUGCUAGAUACAAUGAGAAUACCCAAGCCACUCAAGAACUUGCUUAGAGGUCUCGACUGGGUACGUUGCUUGCUAUUUUAGAUAACUAAUCUGCGAUGUUUCCGAGAGUGAGAAACGAAAAAGGAAGAACAGGAAGUCUAGAAGAUCAAACACUUACCGAUAACUUAUCGUCCUUUCGGAUGCA